AUGACCGAUCAGACGGCACCUACUGUUAGCGGCAGCUGCCUCUGCGGCUCGGUCAAGUACACCGUGGCCGGCGGGUUCGGAUUCGGGGUUCUCUGCCACUGCAAAAGCUGCCGCAAAUUUACAGGUUCGUCGUUUGGCGCGAACAGCUUGGUGGAGACAAAGAACCUCACUGUCGCCGAUCCCGAGAAGAAAAUCCAGGUCUACAAGGCCAAGACGUCCAACUCGGGCAGGCCGCUGGCCCGCUCGUUCUGCAGCGCCUGCGGCUCUUCGCUCUUUGUCGCCAGCGACGAGGACCCCGGCCGGAUCGCCGUCACGUCCGGCACGAUGGAUGACGCGCAGGGCGUGGAGGGUGUCGACGGCGACAAGCUGUGGAAGCCGAAUUUGGAGUUCUUCUGUAUGACCUCUCACGAGGAUGGACCAAUCUUUCUUAAUCCCAUAAUUCCGGGUUUCAACCCAGACCCGACGAUCUGCGUGGUUCCGGCGACAGAUUCAAGCCCUACAACGUAUUUUCUAUCGACUUCCACAUUCGAAUACUUCCCAGGCUGCGCCAUAUAUACGUCAACGGACCUCAUCAACUGGAAGCUCAUCGGGCACGCACUCACUCGCAGAAGCCAGAUUGAGCUGAGGACCGUUGAGCCGGGAGCCGGGAGCUGGGCGAGCACACUCCGCUAUCGACCCCAGGAGAAGCGCUGGUAUCUUGCCAAUGGGAUCUUUCAGAGGUAUCGACCGACAAGUGAUGAGCGCAUCUUCCCACGGGGGUUCUAUGUUUGGACGGACAAUAUCUGGGACGAAAGCUCCUGGUCAGACCCUGUCUACUUUGACAAUCCUGGAUUCGAUCAAGAUCUCUUCUGGGACGACGAUGGAAAGGUUUACCUCUCCACGACAGUCCGCAUGGGAAAGCGGACCCCUGGACUCAAGUUGAAAGACUUUGCCAUUCACAUUUCAGAAAUUGACAUCACCACGGGAAGAACCCUCACCCCGCCGCAGGUCAUCCGCGAAUCCCCACAUGGAAUCGCCGAAGGAUCACACAUCAUCCGCAGGGGCAAGCACUAUUAUCUCUUCACCGCCGAAGGCGGCACGGAAGCCGGCCAUCAAGAGUGGGUUUUCAGAAGCCAGACUAGUCCAUACGGACCAUGGGAAGGGCAGGGCAAGGCUCUGUGGUACAAUGGGCCCAGCGAGGAGGUACAAAGGACCGGCCACUGCGAUGUCUUUGAAGAUGGCGGCGGUAGGUGGUGGGCUGUGCUGCUCGGCGUUCGCCCCGUGAAAGUCGGGGAUGGAUAUCUCGAGCCGCAGAUGGGCCGGGAGACGUUCCUAGUGCAGGUGGACUGGGAGGACGACUGGCCAGUCUUCAACAAGGGCCGCAACAUUACACUCCAAACCGUCGGCCGAGAGCUGAUUCAGAAGGCUGCUGUUGCUGAUGCCGACGGGAUCAAGUGGAAGGCAGACCUAUCCAGAUCCUCCCUUGAGAUUGGCUGGUAUCAAAAGAAUACGCCGAUCAAGCCCUGUCAUAGCCUGACGGAGCGUCCGGGCUUUCUGAGGCUCUACGGAAACUGCUUCGAUCUCAAAAGCCCCGAGUCACCAGCACUUAUCUUGAGGAAGCAGACAUCAUACAACGAGAUAUUUAGGGCUAAGAUGCACUUCAAACCCAGUCGGGCAGGGUAUGAAUCUGGCAUCACGGUAUGGUGGAGCCAGUACUCCUAUGCCACCAUUGGCAUUGGGGCGGUCCAACCAGAGGAUGGAGGGCCUGCCGUCACAAAAAUUAUUGCGAGGGAGCCUACGGGCAAGAUAAAUGAACUGAAGGUCACGCAUCCCCUAGCAGAUGCUGCAGCAUCCUCCCUUGGUUUGGAUCCGGCACAGCUGUCCAUCACCACCAAGUCCUCCGAGUAUGAAAUGAGUCUAUCAAUUGGUGAGAUUCAGACGAGUGUCAAAUUCACAUCAGAAGCGUUGACUGUCUUCCCUCCCGUCGGAGGGGCUUUCUGCGGCGUCAUGUACGGCAUUUAUUCAUUCGGACAGAGUGAACCGGUGCUUGACCCUUCGGAUUUUAGGGACAUUGAAAUCCUGGAGGCUUGA